AUAUAUAUAUAUAGUUGAACAAAAAAAAAUUACGAAUUUAAUAAAGUCACAAUUCAGCUGUGACCUCUGGGUUGAAAGUGCUUUGAGAGAAUUUAAUUCCUCAAUGACAGUAGGCCUAAAUUAACUCUAGCAGAGCACAGAGAGUGGGAUCCAAUUAGCUUUUGCGGUUUCUUCUACUGGUGAAUGCAACAGCCAAUCCGUAAAUUAAGAUGCUGCUAAUCGAUAUUAAACGUCGCUCACCUUGAUCACUGAAGCUAUUUUAAGCAUAAACUGACAGUUUGUCGUGAAUUUUUCAUAUAUACAGUAGCCAAUAUUGGUCUCGUUUAACAACAACAGGAAACAAUUAUCGUUGGCGACAGCUAAUUAGCUUUAGCGACACCUGGCCGAAAUUUUUGAAAAGAACAAAAAUGGCAGCUGUAACGGGCAUCAAGAAGAAGGUGGAUACUGCCGAGUGGACUGGAUUAUUUCCCAACGACCUCGAUAACAAGCAGGGGUCCCUUGUCUUCGUCAAGAGGAUGGUGGCUGUGGCUGUGUCCUCCAUCACCUACCUCAGAGGCAUUUUUCCUGAAGAUGCCUACUGCUCAAGAUAUUUGGAAGAUUUGUGCAUUAAGAUUUUGCGGCAAGACUGCAGGACUACUGGAGGCAGCAAAGUUGUCAAAUGGCUGAUUGGCUGUUUUGAUGCAUUGGAGAAACAAUAUCUACAGAUUAUGUUCAUCGGGCUGUACACCAAUCCUGCUGAACCCAAUCGCAUUAUUGAGUCCUACAGUUUCAAGUUCAAGUACACAGAGUCAGGUCCAGAGAUGGAUAUACUUAGGAACAAUGGUGGUGAAUUGAAGGUCGCGUUGGAAGAAACCAAGAGAGCGAGCGUGCUGCUGAUCAGGAAGCUCUUCCUGCUCAUGCAGAACCUUGACGUCCUUCCCACAAAUAUCCACCUUAGCAUGAAACUCUACUACUAUGACGACAUUACUCCAGCGGAAUAUGAGCCACCAGGCUUCAAGGAGGGCACAUGCGACAGCCUGUGGUUUGAAGGCACGGCCGUGCACUUCACGGUGGGUGAUGUCCAGACGGCUUUCCAUACCUUUCAAGUGCGAAUGUCUGCUGAGAGAAGUCGGCUAGAGAAGCUUCAAGAUGAAAAUCAUCUGAAGGAUACCAAGCCGAUUAUCACUUCAGGGAAAGAACCCGACAAGGGCCCUGACAAGAUAGUGUAUGCUGAUGAUGAGCAGCGCCCUGAAGAUGAGUCAGCAUGGUUCAAGAAACCCACAAAACUUGUGGUCAAGAGAAAGGCACCAGCCAAAAACGAGACAAGAAAGAGAAGAAGACUUUAAGUGUGACAUUUACCAAAAUGAUAAUCAGCAGAGUAGUCACAAAUGUACUGUUCCUCCUU